AUGAGCCACUAUGUACCAAGCGCUGAAUCGUUGUACAUUUCUUUUCAUAUAAUUAAUCUAUCUAUCUAUCUAUCUAUCUAUCUAUCUAUCUAUCUGUCUGUCUGCCUAAAUCUGUUCAUUAUCUAUCUAUCUAAGAACAAAGAAGCGGACAAAGGCCGACGCAGAAACAGUGCUAACAUUAUCCUGUUUCUUUUUCCCUUGUUUCUUUUUACCCUGUUUCUUUUUUUCUCUCCUGUUUCUUUCCUCACAAUUUCUUUCCCCCCGUUUCUUUUUAUCCUGUUUUUAUUCCCCUGUUUCUGUUUUAUACCCGUUUCUUUUUUCUCUUGUUUAUUUUCUACUAUUUCUUUUCUUCCUGUUUCUUUCCCCCUGUUUCUUUUUUUCCCGUUUCUUUUUUAUCCUGUUUCUGUUUUAUCCCCCAUUUUCUUUUUAAUCCUGUUUCUUUUUUAUACGCCUGUUUCUUUUUUCUCUUGUUUAUUUUCUAUUAUUUCUUUUCCUCCUUUUACUUUUCCCCCUGUUUCUUUUCCCUGUUUCAUUUUCCCCGUUUCAUUUUUAUCCUGUUUCUGUUUUAUCCCCCUUUUUUCUUUUAAUCCUGUUUCUGUUUUAUUCCGCUGUUUCUUUUUUCUCCCGUUUCUUUUUUCUCCUUUUUCUUUUUUCUCCUGUUUCCUUUCUACUAUUUCUUUUCCUCUUAUUUCUUUUCCCCUUUUUCUUUGUUCUCCUGUUUCUUUCGCCCUUUUCUUUUUCCCCCGUUUCUUUUUCAUCCUGUUUCUGUUUAUCCCCCAUUUUCUUUUUAAUCCUGUUUCUUUUUUCUCCUCUUUCUUUUUUCUCUUGUUUAUUUUCUAUUAUUUCUUUUACUCCUAUUUCUUUUCCCCUGUUUCUUUGUUCUUCUGUUUCUUUGACCCUUUUUCUUUUUCCCCGUUUCAUUUUUCUCCUGUUUCUUUUUUUCUCUUGUUUCUUUUUCCCUUGUUUCCUUUCUACUAUUUCUUUUCCCCUGUUUAUUUGUUCUCCUGUUUCUUUCCACCCGUUUCUUUAUCCCCGUUUCUUUUUCAUCCCGUGUCUGUUUCAUCCCCCAUUUUCUUUUUAAUCAUGUUUCUUUUUUCUCCUGUUUCUUUUUUCUCCUGUUUCUUUUUUCUCCUGUUUCUUUUUUCUCCUGUUUCUUUUCAACUAUUUCUUUUUUUGUUCUCCUGUUUCUUUUCCACUGUUUCUUUUUUUCUCCUGCUUCUCUUUUUCUCUUGUUCCAUUUUUAUUCCUUAUUUCUUUUUUUUUUCUGGUUUCUAUGUUUUUCCGGAUUCCUUUAUUUUUUUUUUCGGGUUUCUUUAUUUUUCCGUUUUUUUUUUUUUUUGGUUUCUUUUCUCCUACCCACCCUUUGCAACAGUCCAGAGAAUUGGUUUUAUAUUGAGAAGAAAAUACACCCCUCAUCCUUUUCCCUUUCCGUUUAUCUAUCUAUCUAUCUAUCUAUCUAUCUAUCUAUCUAUCUAUCUAUCUAUCUAUCUAUCUAUCUAUCUAAUUCUCUUUAUUUUAUAUCUAUCUAUCUAUAUAUAUAUAUCUAUCUAUAUCUAUCUAUCUAUCUAUCUAUCUAUAUUUAUUUAUUUUAUAUCUAUCUAUCUAUCUAUAUUUAUCUAUCUAUCUAUCUAUCUAUCUAUAUAUAUAUAUAUAUAUAUAUAUAGAGAGAGAGAGAGAGAACAAUGUAUCUAUCUAUCUAUCUAUCUAUCUAUCUAUCUAUAUAUAAUUCUCUUUAUUUUAUAUCUAUCUAUCUAUCUAUAUUUAUAA